AUGAAUUUGGUUGAAGUUACCAUCACGGAGAAUGAGAAUAUCCUUCUGAAUAUGAUAAAGGAGUUUAGGCAGACUUGUGCUGAGUGUCCUACGAAGAAGCCGGUGCGUGUAGUGGGGGGAUGGGUUCGAGACCGAUUGUUGGGUAUCCGUUCUCACGACAUAGACAUAGCGUUGGAGGACUGUACAGGUGAGAAGUUUGCGCAUCAAUUUGAGUCUUGGUUACGUGGUCGGGAAGAAGUUGGUGCGGGGUUAAUUCGUACAAUUGUGGUUAAAGCGAAUCCGGAGAAAAGUAAGCAUUUGGAAACGGCAAUGAUGUCCAUUUCGUCUCUGAAUAUGGAGGUUGACUUUGUUAAUCUCAGAAGCGAAAGCUACGCCAAUGAUAGUCGUAUACCUAACACUAUUCAUUUUGGAACUCCUGCUGAAGACGCUUAUCGCCGUGACUUAACAAUAAAUGCUUUAUUCUAUAAUGUUGAUACUAAGCAAAUUGAAGAUUUCACCGGUGUAGGUAUGAAUGAUUUGAGACAGGGAAUUCUCAGAACACCAUUGGACCCCGUACAAACUUUUAUGGAUGACCCAUUGAGAGUUAUUAGAGUUGUUCGAUUUGCAAGCAAGUUACCAAAUACUCGAUGCCACGAUUCCGUCUACCAAGCAUGCAAUCACUCACAGGUUAAACUUGCAAUUCAACAAAAAAUUACCAAGGAACGCAUCCGUCAAGAGCUUAUUAAAGUGUUUGAGUACCCCUCAUGCCUCAGAGCAUUUGAACUCAUGCAUGAAUGGGAUUUGUGGCAAUACGUUCUGCUUCCUACAGAGCAUAAUUUUGUUGCGCACAGGUGUGCUGAAAUCUGUACCAACAUAUGCGCAGCCUACAACGGCGUUUAUCAUCCGGUGGAGCUGUUAAAUGAAUGGUCUCAGUUCCCUAUCUACGUCGAGAGAUUCAUGGAAUCUGUUAUACGACAAGAUAGUAGACAUGAUUUGCUCUCCAAGGAAUCAGGAUUUUACUCGAAGCCCUACCGUAGUUUUGAGAAAAAGGGAGUAAUUCUCAUGACUUCUCUGUUACUGAACCAUUUCGGCUACAAGUGCCAGGUUAAGAAUUUAUGUCUGAGCGCAACGGAAGAUAUGCUGAUUACCCUGAAAUCCAAGAAUGUUGCUACCCAAGUGGCUGUAUUAUCCAGUAUAGUGGAGGAAUGGUGUGUAAUUUUACAAAAGUGUGAAUCAGCUGAGCCAAGUCGUGAACAGCUUAUAAGGGUGCUGAGAGCGGGUGGCUCCGAUCGGUACUGGGAAUUUGCUCUUAUAAUCGCCGUACUCGCUCGUGUGUUCAAGCGGGAUAUUCUGCCUACCUUGGGUCCCGCUCGACAAGUCUGUGCAAACAAUCGCCAGAGACAAUUGGCGACAUUAAAAUCUAAUACAUACGAUCAAGCCGUUCAAAAGAUCCUGGGAAUUAAACAGCUUGUGUACAACAAAUAUCAGCUACAGGGUCUGUGGUCCAUGACGCCCCUUCUCAAUGGAAACGAGGUCAUGGCUUUGUUGCCUCCAGGCACCCCAUCCAGAGUUAUUGGAACAUACAUGGGAUACCAACUUGACUGGAUCGCAGCUCAUUGGUCACCCAACGAGGCCACCCGGUUAAAUUUUGUACCAGCCUUAAAGGAUUAUUUAAAAAACCUCCCGAACUGA